AUGGAUAUCUUGGAAAACAUUCCGAGAGUUAGAACAGAUGGACCUCCAUACUGGUUAAUAUUUGUUGGUCAAAACACAAGAUACUGUGAAGCCAUACCAUUAUGGUCCAAAAAUAUUUUAGAUGUGAAAACUGCUUUGACAAUAUUCGUUGACAAAUACCAUCCAACAAAACUGACAUCUGACUGUGAAAGUUCUUUCAAAUCAGAUGAUGUAAAAAACUAUCUGCGUUCAAAAAAUGUAAACCAAUAUUUCAUUGUCGACCAAAACCAUUCUGCUCUUGGUGUCAUUGACGGUUGUAUAAAAAUGUUAAGAGACUUAAACCAACCACAAGGUGGUGAAGCAAAUGAAAUGUCAUAUGACGACAAGUAUAGACACUUCUCCAUGGCAAAGAUGAGACAAGUUUUAAAUAUUUACAAUAACCGUAAACAAAAAGGUUUGGGAAACCACUCCCCCGAAGAAAUGAAAAACAACCCUGACUUAGAGAAAGACUAUAUAUUUAAUAAUUUAGUCAAAAGAGACAAACAAGAAAGAAUGCCGGGCUUCAAACUUCAGAAAGGUGACAAAGUAAAAAUAG